CGGUGGGCGUGCUAGUGCUGCGUUGCCGCAGGGGGAGGGGGGCCUGGGGAGAAGCAGCGGCGCCGGCCGCCGGGAGACGUUAGCGUCUGUCGUCCGCCGGAGGUUCUCGCGCCGGUGGCGAUCGGGGCCGUGCGGCUACCGCGCGUCCCUCUGCUCAUCUUUUCUCCUUUCCCCGGCGUGCGGCAUCCGCCAUGGUGGCGUCCCCGGCCGCUUCCCGGGCCUCGGGGCGCCGCGUCACCGGCUCCCCCGAGCGAUGAGAGGGUAGCGACGCGCCGCCGCCCGCCCUCUGCGCCGCGCGAGAAGGAGGGUCGGGCUGGGCGGGCCGCCGCGCCGGCCGGCUGCUCAUCUGCGCCCCGCCCCCUGGGGGCGCUGCCGAGGGGGCGCCCGUCGCCCAUGCUGCCGGGGAGCUUGGCCGCGCCCGGCGCCCGUCGCGCGUCGCCGGAGCCCCGGACGCGCCGCCCGCCGGCCCGCGCCCACUGACGCGCCGCCCUGAGCCCACCGGCCCGAGCCCCGCCAUGUGGCACAACGUCGGGCUGACCCUGCUGGUGUUUGUGGCCACGCUGCUGAUCGUCUUGCUGCUGAUGGUGUGCGGUUGGUAUUUUGUAUGGCAUCUUUUUUUAUCAAAAUUCAAGUUUCUGAGGGAACUGGUAGGAGACACAGGAUCCCAGGAAGGAGAUCAUGAGCCUUUGGGGUCUGACACAGAAGAAGAUGCUUCAUCGUCUCCACACAGGAUCAGAUCUGCUCGCCAAAGAAGGGCACCUGCUGAUGAAGGCCGCUGACCCCAGCCAUAGUCCUGUACGAGUGAGUGAUGAAAGACAGUUGUGAGCCUCUCUCUUUAAUGACUUGGCUUUGAAUUUGCUACAUGAUUGAAGAGCAUUUGUACUUGAAUUUUUAGUUCCAUUCAAAACACAGAUUUACAUGUAAGCCAUAUGAAAAUAAAGGGAAUUAAAACCAAACUGUACCACUGCAAACUUCAUCUUAAAGAUAAUUCUUUGCUUCACUA